AUGGGUUGCGAGCAGGGAUCGCGGUGCGCGGAUGGCACGCUGGCAAGCUAUCGCGAUUUCUUGACCUUGCCGAACGGAGCUUGCAACGACCUUGUCGGCUGUGCACGCAGCCUUUCUGAUGGCGUUGAUGAGAUGCUUCAAAAUCAAAGCUGGACAUGGGAACCACUUGACCCAAUGAGCCGUGCCGACAUCCAGUUGGCUCCUGAAACCUGCGUUGGUCACUUGGAGCAGCAUGGUUGUGGCUUAGUUCGGGGUGUGCUUAGUGCUGAACUCUGUCAGCGUUUGCAAACAUUCGUGGACAGCCAUCUCGAGAUGGUGCAGAAUGCCGUUGAAUCUGAAAAUGACACAGAGCGUCGUCAAAGCUUGCUACAGGAGCAUUUCGGCACCGUGCGUGACCGUCAGCACCGAUGGGAUUUGAAGUUGCCAUUAAAUUCAACGGUGGAGGAAGCGGUGCAUCAGGCGGUGCUGGCCCUCCAGCCUCUCCUUGAGGGGACGGUCCAGGCUGGUGGAGCCCUGGUCGAGCUUUCAUGUUUGAUCACCGAUCCUGGAGCACCAAGACAAAAUGUGCAUGUGGAUACGGGUGGCUGGAAAACUGCCUGUGCUCCACUCUUGACAACCUUCAUCGCUUUGCAAGAGAUAUCGGAUGCAAUGGGGCCCACAAUCCUUUUUCCUGGCACACACGAUGACCCGUACCUUCAGCAAUGGCUCUCCGUGUUGCCUGGUGCGGACCGUUCCCCGGAGCAGUUUGGAGGCGGCGUACACGCCACAUGUACAGCUGGCUCAGCGGUGCUGAUGAAUUCUCGUCUCCUGCAUUGUGGCGGCGCGAACCUGCAAACAGAGUCCGGUGGUUCGAGAAGACGUUUAUUCUACAUGACUUGGCAAAAGCCCGGCAAUACCAACCACGGAUCCACUUAUACCAUGAAGGACGCGCUUGUGGGACGACAUCGUGUUCAAGACUUUCUGUCUUCUCCACUUGCUUGCGGCGACCCGAGCACUGAGGAAGAUCGUAUCGCGCUGGAGGUUUUGGCGAAGCGGAAAGACGAUGUCCAGGCAAUGCUCGAAUUUGCGAUGUGCUUGCGCAAAGAAGGGGACCCAGGUGCCGUCGAGUGGCUUCGUGCAACCGGCCGCAAGGGCCACCCACUUGCAUGCAUGCACUUGGCCGAGAUGUAUUGUCUAGGGGAACUGGGUUUGGAGACAAACUACGUGGCAGCCGAUGAGCUGCGGAAGUUUGCGCUUGGCAUUUUUGACCACCUGGCUGAUCGGUCCGAAUCCAAGCCAUCAUUCCAAGCCUUUCUGGAAAACCAUGCAGCCAUCUUUCGGCAGGACUUGCUGUUUUGA